ACGGUUCAGCAGCAGUUCCCGCGUUUGGCGACUCUUUUAAUCACAAGCGUAAACUUGGAGUAGCAGCCAGUCGUUCCGGAUAUGGAUGAUCUGUAUUUAGACAAUAUUGACGAAUUUGUGAAUGAUCAAAAUAAGAUCGUCACCUACAAAUGGCUCAGUUUAACUCUUGGAGUCCACGUCAACACAGCAAAACAAAUGUUGUAUCAUUAUCUGCAGCAGAAACGCAAUGAAAGUUCAGGGACUCCACUUCAUGCCACCUAUCUUGUAUCUGGGAAAUGUGUUGAGAAUGGUAGUACGUGCCAUAAAGUGUCAGUAGUACGUGAGGACAAGCUUGAUGUUUCUGUUUUCCUAGUGACCGAGAAGGGUUAUGUGAGUGAGUCUUACUCUGAGAAUGAAGAGGAGCCUGAACCCAACAGUCAAGCCAAGGACUCAAGCUCACUCAAGCAGUCAUUUGGAAAAAGAGAGGAAGAGAAAAAAGUAAAGAGUCAGAAGAAGACCUCUACUGCUAACAAACCUACAAAACAGCCAUCCAUCAUGGGAUUUUUCCAGAAGAAAUAACUUUUUUUAUUAUUCUUUGAUGGACUUUUAAAGGAAUAGUUCACCUGGAAAUGCAAACUGUAGUUAAUUACUCAUCCUCAUGUUGUUCCAUAACAUCAUGAAUCACUGCAUAGGUUUUUUUCUCUUCAUAAAAUUUGUUAAAGAGGAGGGAAAAAAUCCACAGAAAAAAAUAACACAACAUAAGGAUGAAGAAAUAGUGACUUCAUUUUUAGGGUGAAAUAACCCUUUAAGCGCUUAAUUUUCAGCAUUGACAUUCCCAUGAACCAUAUGUGAUGCUGUAAAUAUGUCUUCAUUGUCACUGUCACUCUUCAGAGACAUUUACAUAGGAGUUUUUUGCUUCUACAUGAACGACCAUUUUGUGCUAUCUUCACAUGCUGGAUUUCAGUUCUGUGCCUGAUAUGAUUGUAGUAUGUAAAUGUAUGAUCCUGCUGAUCUAGCAGAUUUCCUUACUAUAAGGCAAACUGCACAUGGCCAAUCACCAAUAAUUCCCGUACUGUAAGGAUUGUCCAGUCUUAUUUUGUCAUUGUCUAUUUUUAGUAUGUUG